AUGGCAAUGGAUUCUGACAAGCUACUAAUCCUUGAGGAGACCGAAGGGUCCAGUCAAGAUGAUACGAUUGAGUUGGUGCCAUUAUCUUCCGCCUCCGAGUUGUUGGAUCAUAGUGAAUCCCAACUAGCCGCACUGCAACGGGCUCAAGACGAGUUCCAGCAAGCUUAUAAUCAUGCACCACAGUAUGUCGCCCGUGCUCCAGGACGCGUCAAUCUGAUUGGAGAGCAUAUCGACUACAAUGGAUUUGGUGUCCUUCCCAUGGCACUGCAGCAGAGUGUCUUUUGUGCCGUCUCUUGUCGACAGAGUCAACUAGCGACUACCACUACUGAUACAACAGCAGAGUCCACACUGGAGUUGCACAUUCAGAGUACCAGCCCCCAGGCUCCUCCCUGUCGUGUCCAAUACAACGUGUCGGAAAUCCUGGACAGAUUGUCACAGGCGGAGAGCAGCAGCAAUGAUCCACCCUUUUUAAAGACUCAAGAAGAAAAUUUUCCAGAUUGGUCUCAUUACGUUCUUUGCGCUAUUUUUGGAAUCCUUCAACAACUACAAGAAACACAUCCCACACAGUUGACUGCCAAAUUACAUCCACAACACACGACCAUUUGCUUCCUCAUUCACGGAACCGUCCCACAAGGUGCCGGGGUCAGCAGUUCCUCUGCGUUGGUCGUUGCCUCGGCCAUGGCCACUGUCACUGCACUAUUAUCAUCCAAUAAUAGUAGUACUAGCAGUGCUAUCACCAAGACACAAAUGGCGGCUCUGUGUGCCCGAUGCGAACGAUGGGUCGGAACCGAAGGGGGUGGCAUGGAUCAAGCCAUUUCCAUCUUUGGCCGUCUGCAAUACAUUCAAUUCCAACCUACAUUGGCGCACGCAUCCGUCUCUUCUUUGCCAUUGUUAUGGGUGGUCUGUCACAGUCUGCAAGAAUCUCAUAAACGAGUGGAUGCCGCGCUCUAUUUCAACAAACGAGUGGUGGAAUGCAAAGUGGCGUGUCGGUGGUUGGCGCACACAAUCGUAAAAAAGAACGACAAUGAUACAUAUCCCACAUUGCUGUGGGAGUUGGUACGGCAAAGCAACCUCUCCUUCUCCGAGUUGGAAGCAGUGACGAAAGAGAAAAUCCCCGAAACAGUCACUCGAGCCGAACUAGAAAGAUUUGUCUUGGGGGCUACCACCGAGGAACACAACAAUGCACUCGUUGCGCAAUUAGCCUCCCAACUGGGAAUUGCCCGUCCAGCUGGUAUGGAAGUCCUGAAGGUGGCCGAAUCCUAUUCGGUUCGCGAUCGUCUCCUUCAUGUUCUUUCCGAGGCACGUCGCGUGCAAGCAUUCCGUUCUCUCUGUGGUGGACCAGCCGACAACAACGCUAACAAUAAUAAGAAAGAUGCGGAAAGGCAGGUGGGAACGCUACUGAAUCAGAGCCACGCGAGCUGUUCGGAUUGGUACCAGUGCUCGUCUCGCCAGCUGGACCAACUUCAACAUACCUGCCAACAAGCUCCUGGAGCUCUUGGAUCUCGCAUGACGGGGGCCGGAUGGGGUGGGUGUGUCGUUGCCUUGGUGUCAAGUAACCAAGUCGAUGAAUUUUGUCAAUUUGUGAGAACCAACUACUAUGCGGAUAUCCCCGACGAUGACAAGCCCACCAAUGAGUCUGAUUACAUGUUUGUGACCCAACCCUCUCCGGGGAGCAAUGUGUUUGAAAGUAACUAA